AUGGGUGAAACACCUAAUCUCCGGCAAAAUCCUGAAGAAAAAUGCAAGAUGUUUGCCAAAGUUGUUGAACAGUUUACUGAAUUACCAAGACCAAUUGUUACAAUUUUGGCAGAAAAUAAAGGAGCAGAUUAUAAGUUGAAAAAGGAAAACGGUUACUUUAAGUUGCCGAAUGGUGAUUUUUACCCACAUAACUUAUUUGGUGCCAUUCAAUCUCUUACUUCGCAUUCUGGAGAUGAUAUGGAAGAAGCAAUAAUACGCGCUGCAUUCAAAGACAUCAGCAAAUUUACGCUUAAACCAAAGCUUGUUGUAGAACUACUAUCCGAUGGAGUACAAUCUGUGAAAAAUGCACAAAUGGUCAUUGACAAAAUUCAGUUCCAGAUUUCAGCGAGUCCGAUAAUGGAAAAUUUAGAACAAAGUUGGAAAAAUAUGAGCUCAUCCAUACAUGAUAAUUAUCCAGGUACACUCUUGUGUGUGCAAAGAGUCUUUGAAAGAAAGAAAAUAUAUACAAUGGAAAAUUUACCACAAACUAAAAAAGAUAUUGUUAGCCUAAUGAAGGAAAUUCCAGCGAAUAAUGUUGUUCCACAACUAUUGGAACAAGCACUGGGAAUUGAAGUUCCCAAGCUAAACAUUUCACUUGUCACCGGUCAAUGUUACAAUAUAAUUAACGACUGUACGGUUCCUAUUACCAUUUUUAAAUUAGAAACCAAUUAUACUUUAUCUCCAAUUGGUUACUUAAUGCCUUCAGAUAUCAAAUGCGAAUUAAAUCCUGAAAUAAAAGAUAUUUGUGAGUUUUUCAGGUCUAACGCCGAAUACAUCGCGUCUCGACUAAAAGACCUCAAUGUUGCUGGGAAUAUCAACGUUAACAAUCAUUUGUUCAAUGUUACUGCUCGAGUUGGUGGGGACUACAACGUCAUUAGCACAAAUGUUGAUUGUAAUAAGUUCACUAAAUUCGCUGCACUACGCGAAUAUCGACAGUUCAGACUAACCUUAGUAAAUGAUGUCGAUUUAAGUCAAGAAUUCACAGCUGCAGUAGACAAUUUACCGACGUUUGCAUUGAAAAAGUUAGAAUCUGUGAAUAAAUUCAAGGCAUUCUUUCAAAGAUUUGGAACUCAUGUUGUGACAUCGUGUUUUGGUGGUGGAGCAAUGGAAUUCGCAGUCUCCGUAGAAAACAAGGAAACACUCAAAUCAAUAGAGGAUAUACGUAGAUUUGCUUCACAAUUAAGAGCAGAUUUUGGAAAUGUGUUUGGACUAGGCAUUGAUUCCACAUAUACCGGUGGCUAUCAAAAUGAAUCAAGAACAAAUCUGUCGGGUACAAGCUACAAUGCCACCUUGAAAGGUGGAGAUAUGACAUACCAUAUUCGAAAUUUGACCCAAUUAUCAUCUGAUAAAGCUUCUGAGCAUAUUGAAAAAUGGGUCCAAUCUUUGUCUGUACAACCUUUGAUGCUAAAUACAAACAUGCAUCUGAUGCCCUUGAGUUAUUAUGCUCGAAAACACAAUCCAAAUGCAGGACAACAGAUUGAUCUGGCCUCCCAAGAACUGUUCAAAGACAAUUUAAAAUAUGUACCUGUGUCAACACGUACACCGCCACCGCCAAGACCUGAUGUACCACCUCCACCGCCACAACAAAGUAGUGGUUGUUUGAAAGCUGGUACUUUAAUACUAUUAUCAGACGGAUGUAAAUUACCAAUUGAGAUGAUCCAUUCAGGAGACAUGAUAUUGGAUAUUAAUUUGAAGCCUUGCAAAGUUAUUGGAGCUAAUCAUAUGCUUAUGAAUGGCAAAAAAUUCUAUGGAUUCUCUAAAAAUAACUGCUUCUUUACGGGUGGUCAUAUUUUUGCACGGAGCAAAUCAAAUGAAUUCGUUGUUGUAUCAAAACAAGAACUCUUAAAAGAUAACCCUUUCGUCGAUGAAUUAAACGUUGUUGAAGUACAACCUGGUCAAUCUAUCGAAGUAAUGAAAAUAAAAAAUUACACUAGCACGAAAGAUAUUGUUUGUGAAAGUGUAACAGUUUUUAAAGAUCCAACACAAUACGAUGCUGAAGUUCCUGUAUAUUUCUUAAUUGUUGAGAACGAAACUGGUACUUACAUUGCAAACGAUUAUGUUUGUGGUCAUGAGUUACCAAGAUUUGAACGCUGGCCCAAUACGCUGGCCUGUCUUCAAAAAAUUUUCACUUCAAACGCUGUAAAGCGAAACUCAGUCGGUGAAAAAUUGUCUCCAUUGGCAAUAAGUGAAAUGGAGAAAACAGUAGAUCACAUUGCUAAACAACUGGGGAAAAAAUUCUCUUCAAAGUCUGACACAUUUUUUAAUGAUAUGACAAAUAUAGAACCUGAAGGCAUUUCAACGGAAUUUAUGGCGGCUGACUUGUCACUUUAUUUGGCAACAAUGAUGGAAAUGCUUCACGAUAAUUAUUGGUCUACUUUUGCGAUGUUGAUUUAUGGUCGAUGUGGUAAUUUAAUACGUGACGUUCUAGAUAAUCAAAAACAGAAAACAGUUUCAAGUUCUGUGCUGCUGACUUUAUAA